AUGGCUCCGGCCCACCCUCCAUUUGCCGAAGUCGAAGCAUCGCGACCAGAUUUCGACCAUUCCACCCCGAUAACAUUCACCAAAUCCCCCAAUCCAAGCUGGAAGCCAGGACAAGGGGCCAAUGAUAAGCAAGCCAGCCUAAAGAAAAGCCAUGUUGAGAUUCACCCCUACGAAACGGGCAGGUCGCCAAACCUCAACUACAAGCUUCUGAUAUCGGCAGUCGUGCCGCGACCAAUUGGCCUCCUGAGCACGAUAUCGAAAGAUAGCCAGACCCUAAACCUUGCGCCUUUCAGCUUUACCCAGGUGGUCAAUUUUGACCCUCCCAUUAUUGUCGUUGGAAUUACAGGCGAUCCAAAUUCUCCAAAGGAUUCUCUUCGCAACAUCCUGGAGACGGGUGAGUGUGUUGUCAACACUGUUGGUGAACAUUACCUUGAAGCCGUUAACUAUUCAUCAAUUAAUGCUCCCUACGGUGUAUCGGAAUUCGAAUUGUCAGGGCUGCACCCCGCUCCUUGUGCGACUGUGAAGGCUCCACGAGUAAAAGAAUCGAUAUUUUCGAUCGAGGCGAAGCUUGUGGAGUCGAAAGAGUGGGAAAGUCGGGCAAACCCAGGGAAGAAGAGUGGUGUUAUGGUAAUCUUGGAGGGGACGAGAUUUUGGGCGCGAGAGGAUGCGGUAAAUGAAGAGAAGAGUCUCCUGAAUCCAGACGUUCUUCGACCGAUUUCCCGUCUUGGAGGCAUCACAUACUUGAGGGCGACAGAUGCGAUGGAGAUCCCGAGACCGGUUUUCAAUAACCUUUAG